GUUUACGAGCAUCGCCGCUCGAUUGGUAGAAACGAAGAUUUGGAGGGAGCAGAAGGCGAGAUCAAGAUGAGCCGGAGCCUUGGGAUUCCGGUGAAGCUGCUCCAUGAGGCGGCGGGCCACAUCGUGACGGUGGAGCUCAAGAGCGGCGAGCUCUACCGGGGGACCAUGAUCGAGUGCGAGGACAACUGGAACUGCCAGCUCGAGAGCAUCACCUACACCGCCAAGGAUGGCAAAGUAUCACAGCUCGAGCAUGUUUUUAUCCGAGGUAGCAAAGUAAGGUUUAUGGUCAUCCCUGAUAUGUUGAAAAAUGCACCAAUGUUCAAGCGUUUGGAUGCGAGAAUUAAAGGAAAAGGAUCAGCUCUUGGUGUUGGCCGUGGUCGUGCUGUUGCUAUGCGUGCUAGGGUUGAUGCUUUUUUGUUUUUGCCUUUGCAAAAUGUUGGUGUUGGAUAAUGGGGAUCCUUCAGUGCAAUGUUCUCUAAGAUAAGUUGUGGUUAAGUAGUUGGCACAAAAUUUUGUAGCACAAAAACAAUUCAUUUUUUCCUUCCUAAUAUUGUGUUUCUCGUCUGGAAUUAAGAGAGAUAAGUAAAAGAUAAACUAGAUGAUUGAUUUUCUCUAGUUUAUUCGAAAGAACAUAGAGAAGAGAAAGGAAUUUAACUCCGUGCAUUUUCUCUAUUUCAUUUUGGCCUUCAUCGGUUGGAAAUGAUUGAAAUGAAAACUUCAAUUCUCACAAACACUAAUAAUUGAGUUUUCUUCCAUCACCCUUCUUUUGAAACACUUUUUAUAAUUGCUGUUCUAAUUUAGGUCAUCUUUUCUUUUUGUUCUGUUUUACAUUCUUUGUGCUAUUUGUUAUUUUCACCCUACUCUUCCUUUCCAAUCAUCAUGAUAUUAUUUGUUUGUUGCAACCAGUAUAUCUUUGCACUGCAAUAACUUAUUGCCCCGUAAUAAUUCAUCAUCUUCUGGUUUCUUUUACUUAUUUUCUCAUUGCCGCUAUCAAAGAUGCGAACAUGUUACAAGAUGAAACCAACAUAGUAAAAGAUGGCAUUUAUGUUUGACUCUGAUAGUUGAAAAUUUGAACAAAAUUGUUGUUGUCAUUAUGUGUUAUUGUGGCUUUUGACUACCUUGGUUUAAUGUUUUUGAUCUUUUCUGGUCUUGAUUGCUCAUGAUUUGCCAAACAAAAAAAAAAAAAAGUAGCUUCUGAUACCCAAAUUACUGAAUUGCAUUUGCUUAAGUUUUGUUCAAUGCAUCAGUGAUUCAAGAUUCAGUUGUCAUUUUACUCACUCCAUCACUCAUUUUCAAGAAUAAACUUUGGCCU